UCAUGCUGUGAUCGGCGUUCACGGGCACCAUCACUGCGCGUACAGAGAGAAAUAUUUAACGUCCGUAUAUUUAACUUUUAAUUUAUAAAUCUCACGUUACAAACAUGCCUGGAUAUUCUGACAGAGACCGCGGUCGUGACAGAGGUAGUUACAGCAGUGGACCACCACGUUUUGGAGGCAGCAGAAAUGGACCGCCUCCAGCUAAGAAGUUUGGGAAUCCAGGUGACCGCCUGAGGAAAAAGCACUGGAACCUGGAUGAGCUCCCCAAGUUUGAAAAGAACUUCUACCAGGAGAAUCCUGAUGUUGCUCGGAGGUCAACUCAAGAAGUUGAACACUACAGGAGAAGCAAGGAGAUUACAGUGAAGGGUCGAGAAUGUCCCAAACCCAUCGUCAAGUUUCAUGAAGCCAACUUCCCAAAGUAUGUGAUGGAUGUGAUCGCUAAACAGAACUGGACUGAUCCAACCCCUAUCCAAGCUCAGGGGUGGCCGGUUGCACUGAGUGGCAAAGAUAUGGUUGGCAUUGCACAGACUGGCUCUGGAAAAACUCUCUCGUACCUGCUUCCUGCUAUUGUUCACAUAAACCACCAACCAUUCCUGGAGCAUGGAGAUGGGCCCAUUUGUUUGGUAUUGGCUCCCACCCGUGAGUUGGCACAGCAAGUCCAGCAGGUGGCAGCAGAGUAUGGGAAAGCUUCUCGUAUCAAGUCCACCUGCAUCUAUGGAGGUGCUCCCAAAGGACCACAGAUCAGGGAUCUGGAAAGGGGUGUUGAGGUUUGUAUUGCCACACCUGGAAGACUUAUUGAUUUCCUUGAAGCCGGAAAAACAAAUCUGCGCAGAUGCACCUAUCUUGUGCUUGAUGAAGCUGACAGGAUGCUUGACAUGGGAUUUGAACCCCAAAUUCGAAAAAUUGUGGACCAAAUUAGGCCGGAUAGACAGACACUCAUGUGGAGUGCUACAUGGCCCAAAGAGGUGAGGCAGCUGGCUGAGGACUUUUUGAAGGAGUAUAUACAGAUCAAUGUUGGUGCUCUGCAGCUCAGUGCCAACCACAACAUCCUACAAAUUGUUGAUGUUUGCAAUGAUGGCGAGAAAGAGGACAAACUGAUCCGUCUGCUUGAGGAAAUCAUGAGUGAGAAAGAAAACAAGACCAUAAUCUUUGUUGAGACCAAAAGAAGGUGUGAUGACCUUACUAGGCGGAUGCGCAGGGAUGGGUGGCCAGCAAUGGGCAUUCAUGGAGACAAGAACCAGCAAGAAAGAGACUGGGUGCUCAAUGAAUUUAAAUACGGCAAAGCGCCCAUCCUAAUCGCCACAGAUGUCGCCUCCAGAGGACUAGAUGUGGAGGACGUCAAAUUUGUCAUUAACUUUGACUACCCCAACAAUUCUGAGGACUACAUUCACCGCAUUGGCCGAACGGCUCGCAGUCAGAAAACGGGCACAGCCUACACAUUCUUUACGCCCAACAACAUGAAACAGGCUCACGACCUUGUCUCAGUUCUCCGAGAGGCCAACCAAGCCAUAAACCCCAAGCUCAUCCAAAUGGCUGAAGACAGAGGAGGUCGUUCAAGGGGAGGACGAGGUGGAGGGUAUAGGGACGACCGCCGGGAUCGCCACUCCGGCAGCAGGCGGGACUUCAGCAGCUACAGCCAGGACAACCGUAGUGGUGGUGACUCCUACGGCCAAAAGAAGGUGUUUGGAAACAAAACGCAAAACGGGUCUAGCAGUUACAACAACAGCAGCAGCAGUGGUAGCAGUUUCAAUGGAGGGGGUUACAACAAUAACGGACAGGGUAACUUUGGCAAUCAGUCUGGUGGCUACGGAAACCAAGGUUAUCAGAACCAACAGUUCCCUCCCAACCAAGGAGGUGUCCAGAAUGGCAUGAGCCACCCCCCACCAUUCCCUUUUAACCCCCAACAGAUGCCACAGACCAUGCAGUUCCCCAUGGCCCCUCCUGCGUUCCCUCAGUAAAUGCAGUUUUCAUUUGAUAAUCUUAAUCUUUACUUGUUCCGUUUAUGUAUCUCUCUCUUCAAAGCAGGUUGUAAAACAUACAUGCCGUCACGAGUGUCCCAGAGUCUGCUGUGCAGGAAUUUUUUUUUUUUUUUCACCCAUUCCUCCCUUUUUUGUUAGUUGUAUUUUUUUAUUAGUAACUUAAAGUUAUUUUGUACCAUGUAGAGGUAAUGAAGGAUCUACACGUGUAAAUGUCAAAGGCCGUUCAUGGCCAUUGCAUGGUCCUCGAAUAAAAUAUUAAACCACUUA